UUCUGACUCCAAACCAAUCGCCUCAAGCCUCGAACAGAUUCUCAGCAGCAUUAUCGACUUCUGUUCCUUUCCACUACUUACCUCGCACUCUGCGUGUUCCGCUCUCCGUUUCAGGAGCUGUUACCAUUAGCCUCUGCCACUGUCAAGGGUUAAUUCGUAGGCGUUAGCAGACAUGGGAGACUCGUUAAGACCCAAGGGCUUUCGAGAGCUGGUUCAGAUAGUGACGAAGAGGUGUCGAGAUACGUGCACCCAGCAUGCUGCGGAGCUUUUAGGCGACGAAAAAAAGUCUCCGAACGUGAUACCAAAGGCAGCGCAAAUCGAGCUGAAGGAGCUCUCGUCUCGCCUCACCUCGGCCAUAGACUCCGUUGCUUCUGUCACCAAAGACCCAACCCUUCAGGAGACAGCCUCUCCUUCCUCUGAAAGCAAUCAGCUCUUAGAGGUGUCGAAUGCGCAGGCGGAGGCUCUUGAAGCAGAGAUAAAGGAGCUGGCUCUUAUAGUCAAGCAGCGACGGACGAAAGUCCUGGACAAGGUUCGCCAUAAGUUGGGGGUUAAGCUGGAACGUUUGAAGAAGGCACAGAAGAUACGAAAACCGUUGGGUGCUGUCUCUGCGAAAUACACUCAAGCGAGGAGCGAGAUUCAAUCGCGCAUGCAGGCCGUCCUGCAGCAAUGCGAGGAGACGAAGACGAAGAUGUCAGAGGCUGCUAAGAAGGCUGGUUCCAUGGCGUCCCGGUUACAUGACCUGAUGGCGUCAGCGAAGGCUGAAGCAGCGCGGAUUCCGUCAGCCACGGAGCGGGUGAUUGCAGGAGAGAUGGCUAAGGAGGUGGGGGGCAAGUAGCUGGUGAAUCUGACAGGAACAAGUGAAGAAAUGGGCAGGAAGGUAGGGUUGGGGGAGCGAUAUGUUUACUGACUGUACAGGUCGUAGCAGCUGGAAGCCGCACUUAGCAGGGCGCGCUUCCACGAGUUAGUUUAUUGUGGUGAUAGUAGAGGAUUGGCCUGGAGCUAAGCUCAAGUAGGUAGAAAGGAACUGAAUCAGUUCAACUGAUUCAUAGCCCAAUGAACACCAGCUCUUACGCUAGCAAGUUCUCCAGUUCAGGGGGAAUCUACAAUGGGGGCUCAUUA